AUGGUCAGACCCAGUUCCAGACCCAGUUCCAGCCUCUUACCCACCUUUGUCCCAGCCCCAGCCCCAGCCUCUUACCCAACCUUUGUCCCAGACCCAGUUCCAGCCUCUUACCCAACCUUUGUCCAGACCCAGUUCCAGCCUCUUACCCAACCUUUUGUCCCUUGCCCAGCCAGCCCUCUCCAACUUGUCCCAGCCCCAGCCCAGCCUCUGCCCACACCUUUUCCCAGCCCCAGCCCCAGCCCCUCUGCACCCAACCUUUGUCCAGCCCCAGGCCCAGCCUCUUACCCAACCUUUGUCCCAGCCCAGCCAUCAGCCUCUUACCCAACCUUGUCCCACGCCCCAGUUCCAGCCUCUUACCCAACCUUUGUCCAGACCCAGUUCCAGCCUCUUACCCAACCUUUGUCCCGACCCAGUUCCAGCCUCUUACCCAACCUUUGGUCCCAGACCAGUUCCAGCCUCUUACCCAACCUCUUGUCCAGCCCCAGCCCAGCCUCAUCCCAACCUUUGUCCAGACCCCAGUUCCAGCCUCUUACCAACCUUUGGUCCCAGACCAGUUCCGCCUCCUUACCAACCUUUGUCCCAGCCCAGUUCCAGCCUCUUAACCCAACCUUUGUCCCAGCCCCAGCCCCAGCCUCAUUGACCCAAUAUUGCCCCAGCCAGCUUACCCAACCUUUCUGUCCCCGUCCCAGCCCCAGCCCCCAGCAGUCCCUCUUGCCCCCCACCUUUGUCCCAGACCCAGUUCCAGCCUCUUACCAACCUUUGUCCCAGCCCCAGCCCCAGCCUCCUUACCCAGACCUUUGUCCCAGACCCAGUUCCAGCCUCUUACACCAACCCUUUGUCCCAGCCCCAGCCCCAGCCUCUGCCCCAACCUUUGUCCCAGCCCCAAGCCCCAGCUCUGCCCCAACUUUGUCCCAGACCCAGUUCCAGCCUCUUACCCAACCUUGGUCCCAGCCCAGCCCCAGCCUCUAUGCCCCAACUUUGUCAACCAGCCCCAGCCCCAGCCUCUCUACCCAACCUUUGUCCCAGCCAGUUCCAGCCAUCGUUACCCAACCUUUGUCCCGCAGCCCCAGCCUCUUUCCCACAGCCUUCUGUCCAGCCCCAGUCCCAGCCUCUUGCCCCCAACCUCUUGUCCCAGCCCCAGCCCCAGCCUCUGCCCAACCUUUGUCCCAGCCCCAGCCCCAGCCUCUUUACCCAACCUUCUGCUCACCAGACCCAGUUCCAGCCUCUUACCCAACCUUUGUCCCAGCCCCAGCCCCAGCCUCUUACCCAACCUUUGUCCCAGACCCAGUUCCAGCCUCUUACCCAACCUUUGUCCCAGACCCAGUUCCAGCCUCUUACCCAACCUUUGUCCCAGACCCAGUUCCAGCCUCAGCCUUAACAUGUUGGAAAUAUGUAGCCCAUAAGACAGGCGACACACUCCCUUACAAAUGUUCUCACCCCACCACCCCGCACCCCUCAUCAACCCCUACUCGCCCCCCCCGCACGGCGCACACCCACUCACCGCUCUCCCCCCCCCCCCCCACUACCCGCCCCGACCCCUACGCGCCCACCCCCCCACCACCCGCCCCCCCACACCCGCCCCCCACCACCCCCCCGCCCGCCCCACCCCCAGACCCCCGCCCCCGCCCGCCCGCCCUACACCCCUCCACCACCAAGACCCCCCCCCUCCCCCCCCACCCACCCCCCCAACCCCCAGACCUCCCCCCACCCUUCUCGCCACCUACCCCACCCCCACCACCCCCCACCACCCCUUCUCCCUACCUCCCACCCCCGUGUCCCUGCCCCUACCACCGCCCCGUCAGGCAUGACAUCCCGUCCACCUCCGCGCCGCCGUUCCACCCCAUCCCCGACACCCUCCCCCCCGCCCCCGCCUUUCCUAUACCACCCGCCGACCUCACCCUCCCCCCUCCACACCUUCUCACCCCCCGCCCACCCCCUACUCCAUCACUCCCUACCCCGCACUGA